GGUCGGUGUUUUGUUUUCUGGGUACCUGAGGUUUGUUGGCAUAUUUUUUUAAUAGUAAUAGAAAAAGCAAGAAAAGGCAAAAGUGGUUGCUGUUUCUCUGCCUUCGUUGAAUCCAACGUUAAGACAGAGAAAGAGAGAAAAAAAUUAGAUAGAGGGAGGAUAGUCUCUGCAAGAUUAAAAAGAAAAAGGGGAAAAGAAAAAAAUACAAAAGAGCUUCUUGACUCUACUCGCUCUCUGUCUACCUCAUCAUCCUUCAUACGUUUAAAACCUUUUUGUCUUCCUGUUCACAUUAUUACUUUCUUGCAUUAAUUUUUAAUUAAUCAGCUAUAUAAGCUCAUCUGGGUAUUCUUCAGAUUCUCCUUUCAAGUCUCCAAACCAACAGCAUUACAAGAUCGUCAUUCUUUGGAAAAGUUGAAAGUUUGAGAUAGAGAUCUUGAUCCAUGGGUAAUUGCUGUGUUACCCCUUCCGGAGCUUCUUCCUCCGAGAAGAAAGUCAAAGGUAAAAAGAAGAAGCAAAAUCCAUUCUUUGGUGAUAGUUAUCCCGUAGCCAAUGGAUCCGGAAAUGCAGACAAGCUUUGGGUCCUGAAAGAACCCACUGGCAGGGAUAUUUUAGCGCAUUAUGAUCUGGGUCGUGAGCUUGGCCGUGGUGAGUUUGGUAUUACAUAUUUGUGCACCGAUGUAAACUCUGGUGACAAGUUUGCCUGCAAGUCCAUAUCAAAGAAGAAGCUGAGGACUGCUGUGGAUAUUGAUGACGUGAGGAGGGAGGUGGAGAUAAUGAAGCAUUUGCCUUCUCAUCCAAAUAUCGUGACCUUAAAGGCUAGUUAUGAGGAUGAUACUGCAGUGCACAUUGUGAUGGAAUUGUGUGAGGGAGGAGAGUUGUUCGAUAGGAUUGUAGCGAGGGGGCAUUACACAGAAAGAGCAGCUGCUGCAGUUAUGCGAACUAUUGUGGAAGUUGUUCAGAUGUGCCAUAAGCAUGGAGUCAUGCACCGAGAUCUCAAACCAGAGAACUUCCUAUUUGCAAAUAAGAAGGAAACCGCUGUGUUGAAGGCAAUUGAUUUUGGAUUGUCAGUCUUCUUCAAACCUGGUGAGAGAUUUAAUGAGAUAGUUGGAAGUCCUUAUUACAUGGCUCCAGAGAUUCUAAGGCGCAACUACGGCCCUGAAGUUGAUGUCUGGAGUGCUGGAGUCAUUCUUUAUAUAUUACUUUGUGGUGUCCCUCCUUUCUGGGCAGAAACUGAGCAAGGGGUAGCGCAGGCAAUUAUUCGCUCUUUCAUUGAUUUCAAGAGGGAUCCUUGGCCUAGAGUUUCUGAUAAUGCGAAGGAUCUUGUGAAGAAAAUGCUUAAUCCUGAUCCAAAGCUAAGGCUUACUGCUCAGCAAGUGCUCGAGCAUCCUUGGAUACAAAAUGCAAAGAAGGCUCCAAAUGUCCCACUCGGUGAGACUGUGAGAGCAAGACUCAAACAGUUUUCUGUGAUGAAUAAGCUCAAGAAAAGAGCCCUGAGGGUUAUAGCUGAACACUUGUCGGUGGAGGAAGUAGCUGGCAUAAAGGAGGCCUUUGAUAUGAUGGACACUGGCAAAAGAGGCAGCAUUAACCUUGAGGAGCUUAGGGUUGGGUUACAAAAGCUUGGCCAAAAUAUUGCUGAUGCAGAUCUUCAAAUCCUUAUGGAAGCUGCUGAUGUUGAUGGUGAUGGCGCUCUAAAUUAUGGAGAGUUUGUUGCAAUUUCAGUUCACAUUAAAAAAAUGGGCAAUGACGAACACCUGCAUAAAGCUUUUGCAUUUUUUGAUCGAAACCAGAGCGGUUACAUUGAGAUCGAAGAGUUGCGAGAAUCCUUGAAUGAUGAUGUUGACACGAAUAAUGAGGAUGUUAUCAAUGCCAUUAUGCAUGAUGUUGACACAGACAAGGAUGGGCGCAUAAGUUAUGAGGAGUUUGCCACGAUGAUGAAGGCUGGUACAGACUGGAGAAAAGCCUCAAGGCAAUAUUCACGGGAAAGAUUUAACAAUCUGAGCAUUACUUUAAGGAGGGAUGGAUCAUUGCAGGCAGCCACUUGAGGGUAGACAACUCCAAAAGCUCAGUCAGUGGAGAAAAAACCAGCCAUUAUUGUUUGGUCUAUGAAGUUGUUCUCACUUUAUUUUUUUUCUUGUUUUAUUUCUUAGGACCUUUUGAAUAGGUAGGAAUAGUCGUAGUGUCCUUGAUAUGUUCAGAAUUUGUUUGUCAUGGGGGAUAGUUGCAUGAGAAGAGGCACACAAAAUGGUAGAGAAGGGUUGGCAAGGAUAGACCGCAACAUGUGUUUGUAAAUAUGCCAUCAUCAAUUAGGCUUCCAUGUCCUGUUCAUGUCAGAAACGACCACUUUCGAUUAUUACGUGGAUGUCUUUUUGUUCUCCUUU